AUGAAGCUUCAUCAAGUCGUCGCUGUCCUCAGCUUCAUUGCUGCCGGCGCCUCCGCCACCCCUGGAGGUUAUGGUGACAAGGACAAGGACGUCAAGUAUGGCAACAAUUACGGCAACAAGUACGGAAACAAGUACGGCAACAAGUACGGCAACAACUAUGGCGACAACUAUGGCGACAAGUAUGGCAAGGACGGCAAGGACAAGUAUGGCCAUGGCAAGGACGGCUAUGGCAAGGACGGCAAGGACAAGGACGGCAAGGACAAGGACGGCAAGGACAAGUAUGGCCAUGGCAAGGACGGCUAUGGCAAGGACGGCUAUGGCAAGGACGGCAAGGACGGCAAGGACAAGUACGGCCACGGAAAGGAUGGCUACGGCAAGGACCACGACAAGGACGGCAAGGAUGGUGACAAGUAUGGUCAUGGCAAGGAUGGCUACGGCAAGGAUGGCGACAAGUACGGUCAUGGCAAGGACGGCAAGGACGGCGACAAGUAUGGUCAUGGCAAGGAUGGCUACGGCAAGGAUGGCGACAAGUACGGUCAUGGCAAGGACGGCAAGGACGGCGACAAGUAUGGUCAUGGCAAGGAUGGCUAUGGCAAGGACGGCUAUGGCAAGGACGGCAAGGACAAGUACGGCCACGGCAAAGACGGCUACAGCAAGGAUGGCGACAAGUACGGUCACGGCAAGGACGGCUAUGGCAAGGAUGGCUAUGGCAAGGACCACGACAAGGACGGCAACAAGUACGGCCACGGAAAAGAUGGCUACGGCAAGGAUGGCGACAAGUACGGUCAUGGCAAGGACGGCUAUGGCUACGGCCACGGCAAGGACAAGUGCAAGACCUACGAGUGGGACAUUGGCCGCUGCGACUGGUGCCCCUACAAGCCCUACCACCCCCGCGAUUUGGAUGGCCUUGAGGCUCGUGGCGACUACGGCUACGGAAACGGCUACGGCUAUGGCCACAAGACUUGCAAGAAGACCUGCCCCGACAACAAGAAGAAGUGCAAGAAGCAGUCCUGGGACUACUCCAAGCCUACCUACGCCGGCGACUUUGAGGAGUCUGUUUGGUGUGAGGGUGGUGAUUCUUACAAGGUGAAGGGCAAGAUCGCACCUUGCGGCGACUGGGGCAAGUACGGCAGCAAGCAGUGCCUCUUUGUCGAGUACGCCGACUGGGACAAGUGGAGCGACAAGACCGCCUAUCUGGGCAUCUACACCACCGAGACCGAGGGCCCCAAGUACAAGAAGGAUCUCAGUCUCACCAAGGACUACUGCAAGGACAACAAGUGCGUCGUCCCUCUCGACAAGUUCCCCGGAUGGCCCAAGCUCUGCGGCAAGAGCGUCUGGAUCGGCAUCGACGACGACCAGUGCAAGCCCAAGAAGGGUCACGGCUAUGGUGGCUAUGGCAAGGACGGCAAGGACAAGUACGGCCACGACGACAAGGACAAGUACGGAAAGGACAAGGAUGGCAAGGACAAGUACGGCCACGACGACAAGGACAAGUACGGAAAGGACAAGGAUGGCAAGGACAAGUAUGGCCACGAUGAUGACAAGUACGGCAAGGACAAGUACGGCAAGGACACCUACGGCAAGGACAAGUAUGGCAACAACAACAACUACGGCAACGGCAACAAGGACAAGCGUGGCAACGACGACAAGUAUGGUAACAACAACAACUACGGCAACAACUACGGCAACAACAACUACGGUGGCAAGGACGGUAACAAGGACGGCAACAAGUAUGGCAACAACAACUACGGUGACAAGGAUGGCAACAAGGAUGGCAACAACUACGGCAACAACUACGGCAACAACUACGGUAACAACGACGACAACAAAAACUACGGAACCGACCGAUAUGGUAGCUACGGCCGCAACUACGUCAAGUACAUCGAGCUUGACAUCACCUGCACCUACCCCAAGAAGUGCGUUGCUUGGUGCUGCUGCGCUUAA